CGAAACUAAGACCAAACAAUAACCACAUACAACACGUUUCUUUCGUUGUCGUUUUUUGUUUUAAAGUUUCUAUUCUAUUGUAUUAAAUGUACAGGGCUUUUUGAGAUACUUAUCUAUUUCAAUAGUAUGUUUCAUCAUAUUUGAAACAAAAGGUUUCAAAUUUAUAAUGAAUACAUCUGCCUCAGAUUCCGAAGAAGAAGUUUUAGUGUAUGCAGAGUUUAAAGAUACAGUAAAUAUUGAAAAAUACAAAAACAUCCAUGUCUUAGGUAUAGAUAGAAAAAAUCCAGUUAUACAACUGGAUGAUACCUUCUUCACAGGAAGUUUUGAGAACCCAUUAGGAACAUACUUAUUUUUUGAAGAAGACCAAACACCACACUGUGAUGAUCCUUUGUUUGAUAAACUACCCGAGAAAAAUUUGAAGUAUUUAUACAAAACUACUAAGCUUCUAUCUAUGGAGCAUGCAUAUGUUACUUCUAAAGAAGGUUCAGCAGAUAUAGAGAACAAAUUACAACAAUCAAGUGAAUCAGAGACCAUAGAACCUGUUACAUUUGAAAAUUUAGAACAAGCAUUGGAGACUUUUAAAAAAGACAAACAAGAGUAUGAUGAUAGUGUAUUAAAACCUGUUAUAAACUCAUAACAAUAAAUCUUGUGUGUUGUC